UAUAUAUAUAUAUAUAUAUCUCCUGCUGUCUAACAACUUCUCUUUCUCUGUUCAAAACUAGUUUCCUAGAAACCCUAAAAGUUUCAAUAAGAUUUAUUUUCAUAUUCCAUUGGAAAAAGCUCAGAUUUUGUUCUUUCAAUGACAGAUUCUAAGGAGGUAUUUGUUUUUGGGUCAUUCACUAAAGAAGAUGUCAGUUUGUUCAAAACCCAGCCAUCCGCUAGUCAGCCUAUGGAAAAGAAAGAAUUACAGUUUGGCUCUUUAGACGCAGCAACUAUAAGCUCCGUGGGUUGCUUUAAGGUUGAACACAAGCAGGAUGAUAUUUCUAAAGAGGUAAAAAAUGUCAAUUCACCAAACCCUACGAGAAAGGAAAAUCCACUCAAGAGUGUAAAUACAACAAAUGACGAACAGCGUAGAGUGUUCGCAAGUAUUGCAGAGAAUGGAAAUGAUACAUCUUCCUCCAGCUGUCCUCCACUUGUCAACGGGGUAGUAGAGAGAACUAGCGCAGACAUAAGUUCAUUAUGUAUAUCCCAAACUACAGAAUGUGCGCAGGAGCAAUCAAUUUCAGACCUUGAGUAUGGAAUAGAAACUGUUACCUCUUUCCCAGAGGGGAUAAAUGCCGUGGACUCAUCAGAAGGUUUGUCAUCAAAACAGGAUACUCUUAAGGUGGUAUCGAAUGGGCCAGCUGCAUCUUUUAAAGCGUUAUUACCUCGAGGUUUAAUCAACUCAGGGAACCUAUGCUUUCUCAAUGCAUCACUUCAGGCUCUUCUCUCCUGUUCUCCAUUUGUUCAGCUUCUGCAGGAACUAAGAGCUUACGAUAUUCCAAAGAUUGGAUAUCCUACAUUACAUGCGUUUAUCGAGUUUAUCUCCCAUUUUGAUACUGCUGAUACAAGCUCGAAGAAAUCCCAAAUGGUGGUAACUCAGACUGGGAUGCCUUUCAUCCCCGCUAUGUUUGAGCCGGUUUUGAAAAAUUUCACUCCCGAUGUACCAAAUAGUGUGUCAGGAAGGCCAAGACAAGAAGAUGCUCAGGAGUUUCUCUGUUUUGUGAUGGAUCAAAUGCAUGAUGAAGUGCUCAAGCGUUUUGGUCAGGUUUCAAAUACAGGUGGGGGGAAUUUCUCUACCACUUCUCCUUCAGAAGAUGAAGGGUGGGAGACUGUGGGUCCAAAAAACAAAUCUGCAGUUACCAGAACACAAAGUUUAGUUCCAUCUAAAAUAAGUGAAAUAUUUGGGGGACAGCUGAGAAGCGUUGUGAAAUCUAAAGGCAACAAGGACUCUGCUACGAUUCAGCCUUUCCUCUUGCUCCACCUUGAUAUUUUUUCAGGAUCUGUUCGUACUGUUGAGGAUGCACUUCGGCUGUUUUCUUCCCCUGAAACAUUGGAAGGGUACAAAACAUCUGCAGCUGGCAAGGCUGCGUCCGUGAGUGCGAGCAAGUCAAUAAAGAUACAAGCAACUUCCAAGAUAAUGAUAUUACAUCUUAUGCGGUUUAGUUAUGGAAGCCGCGGAAGCACCAAACUCCAUAAGCCCGUGCGUUUUCCACUGGAACUAGUCCUGGGCCGUGAGUUGCUUGCUUCUUCGUUAUCUGAGGGUCGAAGGUAUGAGCUCUUUGCAACAAUAACUCAUCAUGGAAAGGAGCCGUCGAAGGGCCAUUACACUGCCGAUACUCGCUGUUCAGAUGGAAAAUGGUUGAGGUAUGAUGAUGCUUCUGUAACUGCGGUGGCUGUAAACAAAGUGUUGCAUGAUCAGGCCUAUCUCCUAUUCUACAAACAAGUAUAGGGGUUCCUGAAGGAGAUGAAGAAUCUUGAAGUUUCUGAACCAAGACUUUGUCCUUUUAUCGUUUUAUAGUUGAUGGGUCCCCCUUUUCUUUGUUGGUAAAAAAUGGAAUGUACGAGUUUAGUUUAUUAAGGGCAGAAGCUGGUUCCGGUGGUGUGUUAAACCAGUGUGCACAUAUUUCGACCAAGCUCAGACGGUUACGAUGCGUGUUAACGUGACAUCAACAAAGUUGUUUGCAGAGACGGGCCUAUGAAGGGGUUAACUGAGGCUCUCACCCAUCCUUCGAUAGAGGAGAUUUUUACUGAAUUAGAUAUUUGCCCAAUUUUACUCGUUAUUAGCCCAUGUAUCAUGUUAUAACAUCACCUUAUUUUCGAAACCUGUUUUGGGGCAUACUCAUUUUUUUUUUUGAGGCAUACUCAUUCAUUAUACCAUCUAGGGUGGGUUUAUAAGGGGUGUCUAAAGAUAGUAUAAUUACCUAUAUAUCCUUAAACAAUUUAAAUUA